GGAAGGCACCGCCUCAAAUCCCACUCGUAGCCCCCCCCCAGUCGCCCCAGUUCUGGGUCUGGGGGCACCCCCAGUUUCCCCAGUGUCGGGGAUGGGGGAUUGGGGUGGGGGGGGGUUCCUGUGCCCCCCCAAGCCCCUCAUCUUCCCCUCCCCCGCAGCUUCACGGUCCUGCCCUUGCCCAGAGGUGGCUGCCCUGAGGAGGGGGCUCCCCGGGCCGGCGCCCCCCGCCCGGAGCCUGCGGGGACCCCCCCGGCCCCCCGACACCGGCGCUGCUGAUGCUGCCCUGGGACCCCCGAAAUGGGGACACCCCCAAAGCCCCCGAGCACGGGGGGACCUCAGAAACCCUCCCGGAACUGGGGGUGCGGGGAGCCCCCAAAUCCCCCCGGGGCGCCACAGGGGAGGGGGAUCCCCUGAGCCCUCGGAAAUGGGGGUGCAGGGACCCCCCAAAAGUCCCCGGGGCACCUCCCCGACCCCUCCAGAGAGGGGGAUGCAGGGACCCCACAGCCCCCCCAAAACGGGGCGGGGACCCCCCCCCAAAGCCCGCGGGGACCCCCUGACCCUCCUGGCACCGAGGAGCUCGCGGGGCCGCGUCCCCCCGGGCCCCGAGUGGGGAUGGGGGGACCCCGAAUCCCGAGUGGGGAUGGGGGACCCCCCCCGGGCCCCGAGUGGGGAUGGGGGGACCCCCGCAGCCCCCAGGGGACCCCCUGAGCCCCGAGUGGGGGUGGGGGGACCCCCCCGGGCCCCGAGUGGGGAUGGGGGGACCCCCGCAGCCCCCAGGGGACCCCCUGAGCCCCGAGUGGGGAUGGGGGACCCCCGCAGCCCCCAGGGGACCCCCCGGGUGUCCCGGGGACCCCCACGGGCCGUGGCCUCCCCCUCGGGGGAACCCCGGGCUCGCGGGGUCGGGGCGGCAAUAAAGUCUUGGAGCAUCGGAGCUUUGCUGGCGUGUGGCCGUGCCCAGGCCACCGCCGUGUACCGUGUGGCCGAGUACGCGCGGCGUUUCGGUGUCCCGGUCAUCGCCGACGGCGGCAUCCGCAGCCCCGGGCACGCCGUGAAGGCGCUGGCACUGGGAGCCUCCACCGUGAUGAUGGGGUCGCUGCUGGCGGCCACCACCGAGGCCCCGGGCGAGUUCUUUUUCUCGGAGGGCGUGCGGCUGAAGCAGUACCGGGGCAUGGGCUCGCUGGACGCCAUGGAGCAGGGUCCUGGCAGCCAAAAGCGCUACUUCAGCGAGGGGGACGCGGUGAAGGUGGCGCAGGGCGUGUCGGGCUCGGUGCAGGACAAGGGCUCCAUCCACAAGUUCGUGCCGUACCUGCUGGCCGGGCUGCAGCACGGCUGCCAGGACCUGG